CUGGUCAGUGUGUGGAAAGACUUCGAGAGUGCUGAUUUGGCAGAUCGUACAACAUAACGUGAACCUCCAGAAGCACUUCGGCUCGAGAGUAAGAUUCUGCUGCCAACCUGAAACUUGACGACAUGUCGGACUUGGAAGCGAAAUUCGAGGCUGCGGCGAACCUGAUUGCCAAAGGCACGCCCACCAAGGGUUCCGCCAGCACAGAUGACAAGCUGAAGCUCUACGGCUUGUACAAGCAGGCCAAAGAAGGCGACAACACCACAUCUCAGCCAUGGUCCGUCCAGUGGGAAACCAAAGCCAAAUGGGAGGCAUGGGAGAAGUGCAAAGGAAAGUCGAAGGAAACGGCCAUGACUGAGUACAUUGCCGAAGUCGAAGCGCAAACGGAGAAGUUCGGCAUUACGCCACCAUGAGGUCCCGCCAGGCCCAACUGUUUCAUCAGAUGGAUGGAAGCUGCGAUCUGCGUGAGGGCCCCGGCCUGCGGCCCUGCCACCCAGGCACUGGGGCAGGAUUUGCACUGGAAUCUAGUGACUCUAGUGGUGAGAAGGAUCAUGAUGGCCCUUUUGGGGGCUGUCCAAC